UGAAUGAUGGAAUUAUCAGACAUGUCUUUCCCCAUCCCGGCGGCUGAUGAUUUCUACGAUGACCCCUGCUUCAACACCAGCGACAUGCAUUUCUUUGAGGACCUGGAUCCUCGGCUGGUCCAUGUGGGGCUGCUGAAGCCGGACGACUCCUGCUCUUCAUCCUCAUCCUCUCCCUCAUCCUCUUCCUCCACGUCCCCGUCCUCCACCCUGCUGCGGCUCCGGGGAGGGGAGGAGGACGACGAGCACAUCCGCGCCCCGAGCGGGCACCACCAGGCGGGCCGCUGCCUGCUGUGGGCCUGCAAGGCCUGCAAGCGGAAGACCAGCAGCGCGGACCGGCGGAGAGCGGCCACCAUGCGGGAGCGCCGCCGGCUCGGCAAGGUCAACGACGCCUUCGAGAACCUGAAGCGCUGCACGACCGGCAACCCCAACCAGAGGCUGCCCAAGGUGGAGAUCCUGCGCAACGCCAUCAGCUACAUCGAGUCCCUGCAGGCGCUGCUGCGCGGCGGCCAGGAGGACGGCUUCUACCCGGCGCUGCUGGAGCGGUACAGCGGGGAGAGUGACGCGUCCAGCCCGCGCUCCAGCUGUUCCGACGGCAUGACGGAUUUCAACGGCUCAACCGGCCAGUCAAGAGGAAGUUAUGACAGCAGCUCCUACUUCUCUGAGACUCCAAAUGGAGGUCCAAAGAGCACCCGGAGCCCGCGGGUGUCCAGCCUGGACUGUCUGUCCAGCAUCGUGGAGCGGAUCUCCACUGACACCAGCCUGCUGCCCAGCAGUGACAGCCCUGCGUCCCCACUCACACCCCCGGGCGAUGAGGCAGGGACUGGUCUGGGGCCCGUUCAGGUCCCCACCCCGUCUGCAAACCACGAUGCAAGCUUGAUCUACCAAGUCCUAUAGACCCUCUCUCUCACACACAGACACACACACACACAAACACACAAACGUGUGUAUUUUCAUUUGCCAUUAUUAUUAUUCAUCACACUUAUACACUGUUUGCAUCACCUUUAUUUAUAUACUGUAUGUCCUUCUCUAUUUAUUGACUUGAUUAUGACUGUGUAGAAGCUCAUUCCUGCCAGGAUAAACACAAGUGUGCUGCGUGGACACACUUAUAUACAGAAAGUCUGCUGGAAAUAGAAAAGUCCAAGAGGUGCAUUUUUUCUUUUAAGAUAUUUUUGACUAAACUGAGUCGCUAUUUCAGAAAAAAAGGAUUAUAGAAGCAUAAAUUCUUAUUAACAUUUUUGAAUAUAAAAAAAUCUGAACUUAAUUUAUCUUUUUUUUAAUUCUGUCUUUUGUAAAAAUUAUCAAGAACAAAAAUGUUAAAUGUUAAUAAAAGCAGAAAAUUGAGCCAAGAACAAAGCAGUCACAGUUUUGACUUACAAAGUCAAAAACUUGAAGACGGUAAAUAAUUUUCCCGGCAGAAAUGAGCUUCCAUUGUUUAUGUAAAAUUCCUGCUCUUGUUUUUGGAAACAAAUGGAAGCGAUUGAAGUUGUAGAUUAAACCACUUUGAUGGUACAAAUUGUUGAGUUACAGGUUUACCAAUGAACUGAGAGCAUUUUUCGUUUUUUUGUAGUAUGUUUACUUAGAUUCAAGUUACAGUAAAUAUUUUAAACUUCGUCAUUCAGAGGGAGCCAUACUUUCUUCAGGUACGGAGGCCUAAAAGCACCCAUAACAUUCCUCCAGUUUUGUUCAUCUGAAGUCCAGAAAGGCCCGGACUAUCCAUGAAGAAAUAGAGCUAUAUUAAUCCUAUUCUAUAGUCCCUAUGAUCUUUAAAAAAAAAAAGAGGCUACUCCAAAAAUAGCAUAUCCAACGUUUCGUGGAAUAGGAGUGAUGCUACUUUUUGUUAGAUUUCUUUCUUCAUCGCAGGUAGCCUUAGACCUCCUUCUUAUCUGAGCUGAAUAAAAUGAGUUUCUGACAUUUGUCACUUUCAUUCACUGCAGUGGAGGACCAUUUUUCUUUUUCUGUACAUAUUAUGUAAAUAAGAGCUGAUUUUUUUCAAACUGAAAGUAUUAAUUAUGUAUUUAAUGUUUCCAUCUGCUUUUGUUUGUUGUGAAAAAUUGUAAUCUUUAUAUUUAUACAUUUGAAAACAGUGUGAAAGGUUAAAUUACAAUAAAUGGAUGAGUUUAUUUAUACAAAAAUAUGACUCUACUUUCAAAUGUCUUAUUUAUCCAUGAUAUAAUUACCCAAAGCUUGGGAUCGAUAGCCUAUGAUCAGAAUUUUGAAAAAUCAUGGUGUUGAGGGCACAUCCAAUUAUAAGAAAAAUAUAAGUUUAGUUAGUUUACAAUUCUGUGAUUAAGCUU